AUGAUCAUUAUUUUUCGCGUGUUUCGCCAGCGCUGAUGAAAACUUCGUGACUGGCUUGUUGCAAUCGUAUUUGUGCUGUGAUUUUCUCGUUCCGAAUUUUUGGAUAGUUUCUCCAAUGUAAACAGCUGAACAAACGUUGCACUCAAUUUUAUAUACCAAUCCAGAUUUGUCGUCUGUCUUGAUGCGACUUUUUUGAUAAGCAAACAUGCACGAAUUUUUUUUAUACGGUCUCAUUGCUAGUUUUAGAUUUGGAGCAAACUGUUUGCAGCUAUUUUCAAUUGAUUCACUCAGACCCGGAACAUAUGCCAUCGAUGAGUAUUGAUUUAUUGUGAUUGUUUCAUCGUUAAUUGUUGCUGUAUCAUCGAUUCUUGUCGACGAUAAAAACGCAUAGCUCUGCGAUGCAUCAAUUGGUUUCCUCUUUCUCACUUGCUCGAUCAAACUCAUAAUGACCUUCUCCGGAUAAUUAUUCUUCUUUAAAAUGUCGUUGAUUCGUUGCAAAUUUUCACUCCAAAAUUCUUUAUGACUGCAGCGAAAAUUUUUGCGAAUGAAUGAUCUGGCCACAUUGUAUUUCAUACGCUUUGGAUGGUUCGAAUAGAAGUUCAAUAGUCGAUUAGAUGCAAUUGGUUUGUGGUACCAAUUUGAAAUCAGCCUGCCAUUUUCUCUUCUCAUGAUGCUUAAAUCCAAAUAGUCAAGUCUCCCAUUUUGUUCAACUUCAUAUGUGAAUUUAAUGUUGUUAUCGAACUCAUGUAGUGCGUCAAGGACUAGCUGGAUUUUGUCCUCAGGUACCGCUGUGAUAUGAUCAUCAACAUACGAGCACCAAAACACUGGUAUGAAAUCUAAUUUCAAAAGCGUUUUAUCAAUGAUGGUAUCCAAAACACGCUCAACUAAAAUAGGAGCUAAACUCGAUCCCAUGAACAAUACGAUAAUAUCGCCAUAUCUGCCUCAUGCGAUAUAGAAAAUAUGCGUUUUGGACACAUUGAACAAUUUUCGAACCCACUGGAGGGACGGAGUAACAGGAAUCGACGAAUUAUUGGUGGCUCACUAUUUGUUUCGCUUGGGAUACCUCAAUAUCAAGUAUCGAUUCUGUUACAUGAUGAAGCUGAGAAUGAGCCGCACCACCUCUGCAGCGGUUCCAUUAUUUCAACUAAUUAUGUUGUUUCAGCUGCCCACUGUUUUUAUGAUAUUUCCUUCUUCUUUCCUUUAAGUUCGGCCAAGAACGUUUCUUUGAAAGAUUCAAUUACUGUUAAUGCUGAUUCCGAUGUAUUGGGGGAUGGAAGCGAACACAAUGUUGAGAACAUCAUUUGGCACGAAAAAUACGGUGAUAUCAAAUCACGAAUUAUUGCUCAUAGUUUUUAUGAUAUAUUCCCGGAGAUUAAAGGUUAUCUUACCGUGAGAGAUAAUACAAAGUUCAAUAUCUAUGAUGUCGCUGUUAUCCGUGUCAAAGAACCAUUUGAUGACUAUCAAGUCAUUUCCAUGUUUGAUGCCGGAGAAAAGAUUCCGGCUUAUGCCAAUGCCACCGUCAGUGGUUGGGGUACAACGGAAAAAGGCAUUACACUUAAGCUUCUAUAUGCAAACGUUACGAUCGUGAACAAGACUGCUUGUAUCAACGCUUAUAAGUAUUAUAAUCACCAACCUCACGAGAGUCAUAUCUGUGCAACAUAUCAAGGAGAGAUUAGAAAAGGCGUCUGCCAUGGUGAUUCUGGUGGACCUUUGACCAUCGAUGGACGUCUUGUAGGAAUUGUGUCAUGGUCUCGUGGUUGCGCAGACCCCAAAUAUCCUGAAGUAUACACUGAUAUUUCCUUUGUUCGUGAAUGGAUCGAUGAACAUACUGAUCAACAUACACAUCUACCUGUACACCUACCCAACAACCUCACCAAUGACCUAUUUUUGAACCUAUCUACAAACGAACUACAACCGACUACAACCUACUCACCAACAUACUUACAACCUACUCACCAACCUCACGAAUCUACUCCUGGAACUCUGGUUUUUUUUCACGUUUUUAUGAGUAUCUGCUACUUUUUCGGAAACCCAUUGGUCAAAAAAAAAUUAGACUAGUCACGUCUUGUAGGCUACGAAAAUACCUAAAAAAUAAGUCGUGUUCCGUUAAAUUUUGAUAAUUUGUCAACUUGCAAAAAAUCAGAAACUGCAAUUUUUGAAAAUAUUUAUAUUGUCUAUAAAAUAAACAUAACUAAUUAUAGACCGAUUUGUAUGGCAAAUGCGAUUGCGAUUGUGUUUGAAAAGAUUGUGAAUAUGCAACUUUUGUCCACUGUUGGGCAACAUAUUCUGGUCCUAUCUCACCAAUAGGCAAAUGUAUGUCACGUUUAAUGGUUCGAGGUCAUCGACUUUGAGCCGACAUCGGGUGUCCCGCAGGGGUCAGUCCUUGGUCCGAUUCUCUUUAAUAUUUUCAUUAAUGAUCUGAGUAGCAUUCUAAAAUGUGAAUUUCUUCUCUUUGCUGAUGACUUAAAAAUUUUCAUCAAAAUCAAAACACCUAUGGAUUACAACAAACUUCAGCAUGACAUAGAUCGCCUGUACAGGCGGAGUGUUGUUAAUAAACUUCAUUUAAACAUUGAAAAGUGUCACAUUGUGAUAUUUUCUAACAAAACCGUUCCAUCAGACCCAAUUUACUUCAUUAACCCUUUGAUGCACAAUUUUUUGUUUUUGAAUCAUUUUGAUAUAUGUUUUGUGCCACGAUAAAUAGAGAAAGACCUCAUACUUAGAUUUUUGAAAAAUUGCGUAUUUAUCGAGAAAAUCGGAAAAGAGUCAAAAGUGUCAAAUCAAUAUAAAAGCUUGAAAAAAUUAAAUUUCAUAAAACUAAUGAUGCAGAAAGUUAAAUUGAUGUGUUUUGGUCCUACGAGUCCUAAUUUGACAAUUGAAAAAAAUGUACAAACCCACAAGAUAAGAGGAGGAAAAAUGUGGAAUUCUGCUAUAAUUUCGCAUUUUUUUUACAGCAGUACAUGAACAGAAAAAACUUUCCAUUCAGCCAGCCAAUUGUAGCCUGUAAAGUAUCAAAUGAAAGCUAGUUCAAUUCCCUACAUUUGUUUCCAAACAAGAAUGCAAAAAUAUUCAGUGGUUUCAUUGCUAUAGCGUCUGGCGUAUCUGGUUACUUUAGGAACCGAAAUGUGAUAAAGGGUUAAUGACACUCCUUUGCUUCAGCGUUCAUCUGUCAAUGAUCUGGGUGUUACAUUUGAUGACAAACUCAGAUUUGACGAACAUGUUGACUCAAUUGUCAAAAAAUCAUACAGCAUGUUGGAAUUUAUAAUAAGAACAACAGCAGAAUUUCACAAUCUUGAAUGCAUCCGAUACUUGUAUAACUCACUUGUGCGAUCGAGACUGGAGUAUACCACCCCAGUAUGGAAUCCAUACCAAACAAACCACAAAGACAAAAUCGAGAGAGUCCAACGGAAUCACACCAGAAGCGUAGACUAAAUCCUCAGCCAUAUGAGAACCGGCUUCAUACUUUGAGUAUGCUUAAGCUAGAGUCACGGCGUGAAUACUUCGAUGCCUGCCUACUCCAUAAGGUAGUGCAUGACAGUGACCUUUGUAUACACUCCAGACCGAUUUUCAGAGUAAAUCGACGUACGAACAGAUCAAACAUCCUGUUUAACCCACAACCACCGAAUAAUGACUACGGACUUCAAAGAAACCCGAUCACUAGAGCACAAUUAUUGUUCGAGCGCAAAUUUAAAUCAGUCGACAUCCUAAACUUAAAUCAUUCGCAAUUCAAAAAUGAAAUAAUGAGCCUUUUUAACCAAAAUCGAUAAGCUGUAAACCACUAUAAUUAGAUAGCUGUCAAUUUCUUAUCUUUAAUUUUUUGUUUUACUAAAUUCUUUUCCUUCUUUAUAUACAAGAAUAUAUAUUUAAUUUAAUUUUUAUUUAUUUACUUAUUUUUUUUUCGUAAUAAAUCAUCAUCAAACCACUAGGUGAAAAAUG